AUGCUCUGCCAAAGCGAUUGCCAAGUGAGACAGCUUCGCCUCCCACCUCCCACCAUCCUGGUGAAGACUUUUCCAGUGAAGAAAUACGUGGAUCCCUGUGGCACUGUCUGUAACGUCCCCUGCUUGCCUCCCUGUGUGGAUCCCUGCAGCUGCAUUGGGAUUCCUCAGGGCAGCACCACUUAUGUGAACCUGGGUAAUCUUAGUGGGGCACAAGCUGCUGGGUGCCUGGAUCCAUGCUGCCUGGGGCUGGCCCCGUGUGUGCCUCCCAGCUGUGAGGAGGUGGCCAAGUGUAUCGCUGCAUGCAGGGCCCCGUGCUGUUGCUGCAAAGUGACAGAGUGCAGCAGCAGAUGUGAAGAGUCCUGCUGUGAGGAAAGGUCCAAGUGUACCACUGAGUGUCAGGAUCCUUGCUGUAAGGACCUGGCCAAGUGUACCACAACAUGUGUGGAUCCCUGCUGCAAAGAAGAGACCAAGUGUACCAGAACGUGUGUGGAUCCCUGUUGUAAGGAAGUGUCCAAGUGUACCAGAACGUGUGUGGAUCCCUGCUGCAAGGAAGAGACCAAGUGUACCACAACAUGUGUGGAUCCCUGCUGCAAGGAAGUGUCCAAGUGUACCAGAACGUGUGUGGAUCCCUGCUGUAAGGAAGUGUCCAAGUGUACCACAACAUGUGUGGAUCCCUGCUGUAAGGAAGUGUCCAAGUGUACCACCAGAUGUGUGGAUCCCUGCUGUAAGGAAGUGUCCAAGUGUACCACCAGAUGUGUGGAUCCCUGCUGCAAAGAGACCAAGUGUACCAGAACGUGUGUGGAUCCCUGUUGUAAGGAAGUGUCCAAGUGUACCAGAACGUGUGUGGAUCCCUGCUGUAAGGAAGUGUCCAAGUGUACCACCACAUGUGUGGAUCCCUGUUGCAAGGAAGUGUCCAAGUGUACCACAACAUGUGUGGAUCCCUGCUGCAAAGAGACCAAGUGUACCAGAACGUGUGUGGAUCCCUGCUGUAAGGAAGUGUCCAAGUGUACCACAACAUGUGUGGAUCCCUGCUGUAAGGAAGUGUCCAAGUGUACCACCAGAUGUGUGGAUCCCUGCUGCAAAGAGACCAAGUGUACCAGAACGUGUGUGGAUCCCUGUUGUAAGGAAGUGUCCAAGUGUACCAGAACGUGUGUGGAUCCCUGCUGCAAGGAAGUGUCCAAGUGUACCACCACAUGUGUGGAUCCCUGUUGCAAGGAAGUGUCCAAGUGUACCACAACAUGUGUGGAUCCCUGCUGCAAAGAGACCAAGUGUACCAGAACGUGUGUGGAUCCCUGUUGUAAGGAAGUGUCCAAGUGUACCACCAGAUGUGUGGAUCCCUGCUGCAAAGAGACCAAGUGUGCCAGAACGUGUGUGGAUCCCUGUUGCAAGGAAGUGUCCAAGUGUACCACCACAUGUGUGGAUCCCUGUUGCAAGGAAGUGUCCAAGUGUACCACAACAUGUGUGGAUCCCUGCUGCAAAGAGACCAAGUGUACCAGAACGUGUGUGGAUCCCUGCUGCAAAGAGACCAAGUGUACCAGAACGUGUGUGGAUCCCUGCUGCAAGGAAGUGUCCAAGUGUACCACCACAUGUGUGGAUCCCUGUUGCAAAGAAGAGACCAAGUGUAUCAGAACGUGUGUAGAUCCCUGCUGUAAGGAAGCAUCCAAGUGUACUACAACAUGUGUGGAUCCCUGCUGUAAGGAAGUGGCCAAGUGUGACACCACAUGUGUGGAUCCCUGCUGUAAGGAAGUGGCCAAGUGUGACACCACAUGUGUGGAUCCCUGCUGUGGACAAGUGACCAAAUGCACAACCAGAUGUGUAGAUCCCUGCUGUGGAGGUGUCACCAGAUGCACCUCUAAGUGUGUGGAUCCCUGCUGUGGUAGAGUGACCAAGUGCACCAGCAGAUGUGUGGCUCCCUGCUGUGGACACGUGGCUAGAUGCACUACCAAGUGUGUGGAUCCCCGCUGUGGUUCCUGCUGCCGUAAAUGA